GUUACAUAGUACUUCUUGAUUAAAUUAUAAUUAUUAAUGCCUAACUAAAACUAACGAAUAUAAUCUUAACUUAAUUCUUUAAAUUUCAAAAUGUUAAAAUCAGUAGAAUCACUAAGCUAAAAACUUAAGAUAUAUCACAUUUUCAUCCUAAGGGCCCGCAGGUACACGAUAUCUAUAAUUCUGUUACACCUACAAAUAUUACGUCAACUGUUACAUGUAACGUUACACGCAGCUGACCAUAAUCUUUAAAGUGAAUACUAUAUCUACAAGUACCAAACAUAAUCUAAUUAUUGACCUACUAAAAUAGUGACAUAGGCAAUAUUAAUUUGUUCGCAUAGUUAAGUUUGGCGGGUAGGUUACGCGUCUAUAAACUUGAUCAAUAAGAUUAUACAUUGUAAGGCUUCUCCCGCCUACAAAGUCAUUGAAUACUGUUUGUCGUGAAUGGACGUGUGCAUAGGAAAUGUCUGAUAUUACUAGUGAGUUAGUGACAAAACAAGAAUAAUGUCGAAGACUCGCAAAAGGGUGCAAAGUGACAACGUACAAGGCAAUUUUUCGGCAACCGAAGCCAAGGAGGAUGCCAUUGACCUGGACGACCUGCUGCCCAAGAUCGGGGAGUUUGGCCUCUACCAGAAGCUGCUUCUAUGGCUGGUGUGUCUGCCCGCAUGUCUCCCGUGUGGCUUCUGCGCUUUCAACCAGCUCUUCAUGACGGACGUGCCCGACCACUGGUGCAACGUGCCCGCACUGCAUCAGUAUAACUUUACGGAGGAGGAGAUUAAGAUGAUGGCUAUACCUAAAAAGAGCAACAGUACAUUUGAAAGAUGUCUGCGGUAUGCGGUGAACUGGAGCCAGGUGUUGGAGGACGGUGGGCCGGACAUAGGCCCCGGGAUGAAGGACAUAGGCCCCGGUAUGGAGGACAUAGGCCCCGGCUGGCCCGUGGAGCACUGCCGGGACGGUUAUGUCUACAACACCACGCUGGUGUCCUCGUCUAUCGUUAUUGAUUUUGACCUAGUUUGCGACUUUGAUGUGUACCCCACGCUGGGCCUAGUGGCGCUAAACGUCGGUGGGCCCAUCGGAGUAUACACAUUCGGCUUAUUGAACGACCGCAUCGGACGGAAGAAGUCAUUCUUUGCGUGUCUCACCACUCUACUGAUAGGCAGCUUCAUGACUGCCUUAGCACAUGAGUAUUGGUUCUGGGUGUUAGCCAGAUCUAUAGUGGGUCUCACUAUACCAGCCGUGUAUCAGAUACCGUUUAUAAUAUCGCUGGAGCUCGCGGGGCCAAAUUACCGAUCAUUCGUCACCGUAAUGACAUGCGUAUUUUACACUCUGGGCCUAAUCUUGCUGUCGAUCGUGACAUACCUUCUUAGAGACUGGCGGAAACUGGCCUGGGCCACAUCGGCUCCAUUUGUCCUGUACUACUUCUACUGGUUCGUGCUGCCGGAGUCCCCGAGGUGGCUGCUGAUGAAGGAGCGGCUGGAGGAAGCGAACACGAUAUUGAAGUCUAUAGCCCGAGUGAACGGGAAAGAAAUGCCAGAAGAGUACACGGCGAGGCUGCAGAAGAAGGUGAUGGAGCAGAAGGAGCGUGGCUUCGUGGAGGAUCAGUCGCCGAGCGUGUUCGCGCUGUGCCGCACGCCCAACAUGCGGCUCAAAACUUGCCUCAUAACACUCAACUGGUGCGCGUCCGAGAUGGUGUACGUCGGGCUGAGUUACUACGGGCCGGCCAUCGGCAGCAACCAGUACAUGAGCUUCUUCCUGUCCUCGGCCGUGGAGAUCCCCAGCUACGUGGUGUGCUGGCUGCUCAUGGACCGCGUCGGCCGCCGCUGGCCGCUCUGCUUGUCUAUGGUCAUCAGCGGUAUAUUUUGUAUCGCUACUGUUAUGUUGCCUGAAGAUGCGCAGACGGAGACUCUCAUAUUGUAUUUAAUUUCGAAGUGUUUUAUUUCCGCAUCAUUUUUAAUAAUUUAUCCGUACGCGGGAGAGUUAUACCCGACUGAGCUGAGAGGGGUGGGAAUCGGGACAUCUGCUUAUAUCGGUGGUUUGGGAUUAACAAUAAUCCCCUUUGUGAAUUACUUGGGUUCGAGUAACCUGGUCCUGCCGUUGGUGGUGAUGGGCGCGGUGUCGGUGGUGGGCGGCCUGACGGCGCUGAGGCUGCCCGAGACCCUGCACUGUCCCCUGCCUCAAACUGCCGAAGAGGGGGAGCUGUUUGGGAAAGACUGGACUUAUAAGGACUGCUGUGUGUGUGGUGAUCAAAGGCAAGCUCCAACGUCGGACUCGUAUGAAAACCUGGAUCAGCUGGAGUUGAACCAGGCCCCAGUCACUGACCGGGUGUCGGAGAUCCCCAGCAUCAGACGAAGCUCCAUGAGGAAGCUGGUGCGCCAGUCCAGCAUAGUAGAAACCCAACGCGACUUCGACGGAAAUAUUAAAAUGACUUAUUGGUUUUAAAGUUUGAAAUAUUUAUAAGUACCUACCUAGUUACCUAUCUACGUACAGUCGAUACCGAAGAGAUUAAACAGUAUAGUUCAGUAUACUUAGUUAGAGCUUUCUUUGAAAUUUUCCUUAGAUAUUAUAUUAAAAUGAAUCAGCUUCAACACUCAAAGUACCAUACCUCGUCCCGGGUUCGAUUUCCAGCCGAAACCUAUAAAAUUACGCUUCAUAAAAGGCGGCUAUUCACUCGGAACAAAGUCCUUGCUCGGAACCAAAUGUGCAUUCAGGAGUUUUCUCAUAGUUUGGAAAUUAAUCUUCUAAUCAUCCCUCAGGGCUCAAAAUAAUAUCAGUAAGCACACUGAAAAGUGGUUACUGAUUUUUU